AUGUGCCUGGCCUUGUUGGGCCAACAGAGCUGCUUCUACGUUUCCAGAGCAGAGUACUUUGUGCUGAGAGCCUCUGCUGGCAUCGCCUUGAUGAUGGCAGUGCCCCUCGUGGCCAUGUUCUUGGUCGACUUGGCCCUCUACUCUUUGCAGACGCUAUGGCUGUACGUCAAGCCAAGGUGGAUCCGUACGCCUGCUCCACUCACAGAGGUUGCUUUCAAAUUCAAGCUGCCCAAUCUUGUCCGCAAGCUUGUCACCAACUGGAACCUCACCACCGCGAGGUAUCGUCUUGUCGGCUACGCCUGGUUGUCCAAGACCCGAAGAAAGGCCUGA